UUUUAUAAUAAUUAAUGUUAUAUUUAGCAUUACCUUAAUAACUUCAGUGCCAUAAUUAUGUAAUAGGGAAGCAUUCACUAAUCUUAAAAUCAUGUAUCUUCUAUGGUUAAGUUGAAUGCUUUUUUCAGCUAAAUUGCAAAGAGUUUAUUAUAUUCAUAAGAUGUGGUUCGAAUGGUAAUAUUUUGGGAUUCGUUUGGAUUUUAUUCUUGAAAAUCAUGCUAUCAUUGUGCUUCGAAUGGUAAAUAAGUCAUUUUUCCAAUUAUUAUACGAGGAAGUAAAUCAUGCAGAAAACGUAAAUAAUUGCUAAUUUUGAGUUUGUUCGUAUAACAUUGGAGUUCAAUGGUAUAUCUUUGUGACUAGAAUAAAUUCAACAACAGCAGUCUGUCGUCCGAUCUUUAGCGUACGACCUUAUUACAUAACAUGACAAAUUUCGACUGUAGAAAAGUGAGAUUCGAGUCCGAAUAAUCAUUUUUGAAAAUUAACUGAAUAUGGAAAACUACCAAAGUGACAAACUGAACAAGCUCUUUUUUUUUUUAUAACGAACGUCACUUUUUUUAUUGAUUAUGGUCAGCAAUUUACCUUGAAAUCCCAUUUUCAGUUCUCCGUCGUGUUUAUAUUUUCAGUUUAGGAAUCUCAGUUGAUGGUAUUUGGUGUUCAGCUAUUUUUCCGUUUCUUUGUUCUAAAUCUCGAAGUUUUUGAGCUUUUGUUUGGUCGGAAAUGUAUUUGAUUCUUUCCAUUCCAAAUGGGAAAAAGAUAUACAUUUGACAAAAAUAUUUGAUUUUUUCGGAGAUCGAGAAGUUUUCCCUUUGUAAUCCGCAACGUAGUUUCAGUUACACAGUUCCUAAAGUUUAGGAGCGGCAGUUUUAAUUUUAAGUUUAGUUCAGCCGUGAGAAGCUUUCAGAAUUGCUGAAAUCGGACUUGGUUCGAAUUGAUGGUAUCUGUAGCUGUCUCUGUACAGGUGCGUGCGCUUGUCAGUUAUACUUGAUUUCCCAAUGGUUUAUAUGCAAUUAUCUUUUAUCUUACUUAUAUAUAUUAGCAGCAAGAUUGUGCCAUCUGGAUAUGUUUCACGUCAACGAGAAUUAUAUGAUAUCUUUAUGUGUUAUCUUGAAAUUAGAACAUAGAUAAGAUUCGAAAAAAUGAUUAAGUGUGUACAGAAAUCAAGCUGCUCGAGCUCAAUUCGUAUCUGGCUCGAUUAAAGUUCAAUCUAACUUGACUCACUUGCUUAUCAAACCACGUUCAAAACACAAUUUUGAAAGUUUGAUAUGUGUUUGUCUUAAAUCGAUUCGUUUAUACCCUUAAAUUGUUGUGCGAGCAAUUUUUUUUUUUUUGGUUGUCUUUUCUGUUUUACAUGUCGUGUAAUUACGUUGUGUAUGGUCCCGAUUCACUCUUUUAAAAUGUUACUAACAUUAAACAGAAUUAGAGCUUCUGCCUGAAAAACAAGAAUCGAAGGUACAUACAUGCAUGCAAGUGGAGCUCGUUUUUUAGAAGUGAAAGGACUUGUUCUUGCAAGUGUCAUGUACACCGCUAUUAAAGAAAGCAACGCUCACAAUAAAACGGGUUGUGACGACCCGUUGAAGUGGAUCGAACCGGGUAGUGUCAGAGGAUGCGAGUUCCACGGGUUGCAGGCGUCGGAUGCUUCGUAUUUGCUAAACGGGUCGUGGGUCGUUAUCGCCGGAGACUCCCAAGCGAGGCUGGUAGCUAUUUCUUUGAUAGCUUUGAUUAGGGGAUGGACCGAUGCCGUGGGGAGUAUAAUAAUCGAUUUGUAUAAAACGCGCACCGUUUAUUCGAUUACGUUGAAAGAGAUCGAUAUGAAGCUGGACUUUGUGUGGGCCCCGUUUGUCAGGAAUUUGACCGGUCUUGUAAUGGAGAUGCACGCGAGUAGGAAUCUUCCGGAUGUUUUGGUGAUGGGGGCCGGUUUGUGGGAUAUGCUAUACAGGAAUUAUCCGCCCGAGUACGGUGAAUCUUUGAGUGAUUUGAGGGAUAAUGCUUUGGCCCUAUUGCCCGUUUCUUCGAAAUUGAAUUUGAGUUUGCAUUUGUUUUGGGUUGGGAUGCCGACUUUGAUAAGAGAAAAGUUGAAAACGGAGGAGAAGAGAGAGAAGAUGAACGAGGCAAUGUGCAGUUCUUACGAAAAAGAGGUUACGAGGACCAAGCUUUCACGUGGAUUUGGUGGGCCCUUUUUGAAAAUCGAAGUUGGUGCUUUGAGUCGAUUGUUUGGAACAAACUGUACUGCCGAUGGGAUGCAUUACGAUAGAGUUGUUUACGAUGCUGCCGUUCAAAUAAUGUUGAAUGGGUUGAUUGUCGAAUCUUAAUCAAAAAACUUCGGUGGUGAUAUGUUUUUUUCGUUUUUUUUUCAUCCGGAAAAUUUGGUGGAUUGCUAUCGAGGAAUCUGCUAACUUUUAGCAAAUGGAUUUUGAAAAUAUUUGCGUCAGGAUUUUAUCAUUAAGUUUUAGAGAUUUAUAGUUCAUUUGUUUUUAUUACCCACAUGAAAAUGUGAUGUAAGUUGAAGAAAUUGUUGUCCAGCUUUGGUGUGUGAAGAGAUUCACUUUCCUAGUUUAUAUGACGUUACAUUGUUGCAUUUGCAAAUAUUAUUAUUUCCUAUGCUUUGAUCUAAUUAUUUCGACCAUGAUUUUC